AUGUCGAAACCUGAGGGUGUGAUGGAGAAGUCGGAGGAGAAGUUCACGGGCAGCGCGGGAGUGGACAUGGAGCGGCUGAUGAAGGAGCUGGGGCAGGCGCGGCGGUUCCACCUCGGGAACUACGUGCUGCUGGCGCUCACCGUGUUCGUGGCCGCGCUCUACGCCACCAACUACGUGUUCCUGGCAGCAGACGUGCCAUACAGGUGCGUGGUCCCGGAGUGCGAGGCGUCGAACAGCAGCGAGUACUCGCCGGGCUGGCUGGCGGCGGCGCUACCCCCGGGGAACAUCGAGUCACGCUGCUCCCGCCGCGCGCCGCUCGACCCACAGCUGCCCUGCCAGGAGGGUACCGCCUUCGCACACGAGGUCACCACCUGCGACCACUGGCUCUAUCAGGCCAACAAUACCAUAGUAUCAGAGUUCAAUUUGGCCUGUCAAGAGUGGAAGCGCACCCUGGUGGGCACGGUGCACAACAUCGGGAUGUUGAUUUCGCUGCCUAUCUUCGGUUAUAUUUCUGACCGAUGGGGCAGAAAGCGAGCCUUAAUAUUGAGCAGCACGCUGGUGGGAGCCAUCGGCUCCUUGAAGGCAUUCUCCAUCUCGUACGAGAUGUACAUCACGGUGGAACUGCUGGAGACCAUCGCUGGGGCCAGCGUGUUCCCUGCCGCGUACAUCUUGACGAUCGAGUUACUCGGCCAGGACAAACGAGUGCUCACCACCGCCUUCCUUGGUAUCAUGCUGGUGCUGGGCGGACUGGCCUUUGCCCUCCUUGCCAAAACCUUCCAGUACUGGCGUACAUUCAUCCUCGCAGCGUACCCUCCGUCUCUGCUAUUCAUCCUGUACAUAUACUUGUUGCCGGAGAGCAUCAGGUGGUUGCUAUCAAAAGGAAGGAAAGAAGAAGCUGUAGAAAUUAUAAUAAAUGCCGCUAAAAUGAACAAAGUAACUCUGUCAGACGAGACAAUGAAGCAGCUGACCGAGGAGAAAGUGAAGCCGGUGGAGAAGAAAGAUGAGAAACCUGAGGAAGGGUUGUGGAUACAAGUGUUCCACUCGCCGAUCAUCAUGACGCGGCUGGCCAUCUGCUCGUGGUGGUGGAUCACGUGCACGUUCGUGUUCUACGGGCUGGCCAUCAACUCGGUGUCGCUGGCGGGCGACAAGUACACCAACUACAUGCUCGUGGUCAGCGUCGAGGUCAUCGCCGUCGUCACCAACGCGCUCGUGCUCGACCGCAUCGGGAGGAAGCGCACUCUACUCAGCGCGUACACCGUCUGCGGGAUAGCCUGCGUGGCUAUACCUUUUGUACCCAAAACGAUGGCGUGGCUGGCGACGCUGCUGUACCUACUGGGCAAGGUGGCCAUCACGCAGGCGUUCAGCGGGGUCUACAUGUACACGUCGGAGUUGUUCCCCACGCAUGCGCGACACUCGCUGCUCGGCUUCUGCUCCAUGGUCGGCAGGAUAGGAUCCAUCGUUGCGCCACAGAUGCCACUGCUGGCGAUCUACGUGGAGUGGCUGCCGUCGGUGCUGUUCGGCGCGGCGGCGCUGGUGGCGGGCGCGCUCAUGCUGACCACGCCGGAGACGCUGAACACACGGCUCCCGGACACCAUCCGCGAGGCCGAGCUCAUCUCCCGCAAACCGGAGCCACUGCCGCCCAAGGAACAACACCAGAUGACCACCAGACCUUGA